AUCUUUCUUUUGCUAAAUCAAAAUGAAGGAGUUAAUCUUACUGGGUCUUUAUCUGCUUGGAUCUUCCAGAGGAGCACCACCAGGUCAGCCAGAUGAGCUUCUUGACUCUGUAGACCAAGCUUCUGUUCAGCAACUUUCAAGUGAGUAUUUCUCACUUGCAAACCCUUCAGAUGCCAAAGCUUUAUAUGAAACUGCUUCAAGUGAGAAGACUCUGAGUGGUCAUAGUUCAAGUGAACACGAAUCAAGCGAGCAUACUGUAACUGAACAUUCUGCAGGUGAGCACUCUUCAGGAGAACAGUCUUCAGAGCAUAUUUCAAGUGAGCACAUGUCAGGAGAGCACCUGUCAGAACACACUUCCGGGGAGCAUGCUUCUACCGAGCACACUUCCGGGGAGCACACUUCCGGGGAGCACACUUCAAGUGAACAACUUACAACUGAACAGUCCUCAAGUGACCAGUCUUCUGAUGUAUCUUCAGGCGAACAAGUUUCAGGUGAAAAGCUUGAAGAGGCAGGUGAACAGGUGUCUGGCGAAGACAAAGGAAACGAGGUUAUAAGUACACCACUUCCAAGCACGUCUUCAGGUGGGAUAAUAAAUUGCCACACAUGUGCUUAUAUGAAUGAAGAUGCAAAAUGUCUCCGUGGAGAAGGAAUAUGCACCACUCAAAAUUCCCAGCAGUGCAUGUUAAAGAAGAUCUAUGAAGGUGGAAAGCUCCAGUUCAUGGUUCAAGGGUGUGAGAACAUGUGCCCAUCUAUGAACCUCUUCUCUCAUGGAACAAGAAUGCAAAUUAUGUGCUGUCGUCAUGAAGCUCUCUGCAACAAGGCCUAGA